AUGAGUUUUGCGGUGCCAUCCAAAGACAUGGAUAGCUCUUCCAGCGAAGGUUCUGUCCAGCAUCCUGCUCCAGCUGCACGUCCUAGGAUGUCUAGAUCCCAAACCUCGAAGAGCUUAUUUCUGGGCAUGAAGGAUGUAGACAGUUAUACACGUUCGGUGACAAUGGCGCAAUUCCUCUAUCGUCGGUUUCAGGAGAAGGGCUGGUUGCUACCCGACCCAGCUGCGAGACUCACUUCUGCUUUGGGAGUCAUCCUACGUGUUGAGCCUGAAACCGACGAGGAAGUCAAAUUUAUCUCAAGACCGGAUGAUACUGAUUCUAAACUGCAACUGAUUAGUGCAAAUCUGGGGCUCGAGGCUCUCUUCACCAUGUCGUCAGAUAUUACAGCUUUGAUCUUCAAGCGCAUUGGGAAGAACGAUUCAGAAGUGACUUUAUCACCCCACAAUAUUACCGUUCCCGUUGUGGACUCAUUUAGUGCGCUGGCAGCGGACAGUUCAAACGUAAGAAGACGAGAUUUCUGCUGUUUUUCGAGACAAGAGAAGGCCGUCUUGAUUUGGACAAAUUCUCCCGAUGAGCUUAUGACACACGGCAUUGAAAUAGAGACUAAGCUUAUGGGUUCGAUAUGGGGAACCAUGAUGGUCUCAGGAACGCAAAGUCCUCGACCCAGUCGCCCCUUCACAAUGACUGGACCAGGAGGUCUGACCCCAUACCAACAUCGAACGCCCAGUGUAAUCUCAGACAGUCCUAGUGGGACUUACACGCAUUCGAACGAGAAGAAUCUUGUGGUCCUCGACGAGGUUGAUCUUACUGCUGAAGAUGAAGAAUCAAAGAAGCCAGUCGCUCGUCCAUUUUUGCUCUCUCACUCUGUCAUGGUGGGCCUCGCCAUGUGUCUAUUGAUGGUCAUUGAAUGUUUCGCGGUUCGCUUGAUUAUCAUCGAAAUUAAAGCGCUCGGGACUUCAAUGCUUCCUCGUCUUGGCCUUCUGGCACCUCUCCCUAUCUUCAUGUUCUUUACUCUAUUCUUCACGAUCGUCAUAGUUGGCACGGCUUUCCAAAUGUUCGGACCCAUGAAUGACGUUAAAUUCGGCAACUCGCGCUUCUACAGCUCACAACCUCCAAAUCUCAAGCGACAUCCGAACUAUCAAUUCCCCCACGUCACCAUUCAGAUGCCUGUUUACAAAGAGGGCCUCAAGGGUGUUAUUAUUCCGACUAUUGAAAGCUUGAUGCCUGCUAUCCGUCAUUAUGAAUCCCUCGGUGGGACAGCCAGUAUAUUCGUUUGUGAGGAUGGUAUGCAAGCCGUCACCCCCGAGGUCGCUGAUAUGAGGAAGAAGUUCUACAAAGCCAACAACAUUGGGUGGUGUGCUCGCCCACCCCAUGGUAAAGACGGCUUUGUGCGAGCUGGAAAAUUCAAGAAAGCAUCAAAUAUGAACUAUGCACUAAGUUUCAGUCUUCGUGUUGAGGAUGAGCUAUUGCGUUUGAUGAAGCUGAAGGCAGAUGCAGAAGAAAGAAGUCAGGAGUCUUUAUCGAUUGAGGAGGAGGAAGAGCUCUAUCAGCAAGCUUUGCAAACCGUCCUCGAGGGUGACGAAGGCAAGACCUGGGCUGAGGGAAAUAUCCGUAUGGGAGAGAUCAUAUUGCUUAUUGACUGCGAUACACGAGUACCUGCCGACUGCCUCUCUCUUGGAGCAUUGGAGAUGGAGGAAAGUCCCGAAGUUGCUAUCAUCCAACAUGCAUCUGGGGUCAUGCAAGUGAUCCACAGUUUCUUCGAGAAUGCUAUCACCUACUUCACGAACCUCGUUUACCUGCUUAUAAGAUUUUCGGUUGGUAAUGGUGAUUGCGCGCCAUUUGUUGGACAUAAUGCCUUUCUUCGAUGGAAGGCCAUUCAAAGUGUCUCCUUCAUGGAAAACGGUAUCGAGAAGUUCUGGUCGGAAAGUCAUGUGUCAGAAGAUUUUGAUAUGUCGCUGCGCCUGCAGACUGCGGGAUUCGUUGUACGUCUUGCAACUUACGAUAAGGGGGAAUUCAAAGAAGGCGUAUCUCUGACGGCUUUUGAUGAGCUUUUGCGGUGGGAAAAGUAUGCAUAUGGCUGUUCUGAGCUGAUCUUCCAUCCCGUCUAUCAAUGGAUUUAUCGUGGUCCUUUUACCGAGCUGUUCCGUCGCUUUCUUUGGUCGAAUAUGAAGGUAUCCGCAAAAUUUACAAUUCUUGGUUAUAUCGGAACCUACUAUGCUAUUGGUGCAUCUCUUCCCCUAUCCAUAGCAAAUUAUUUCCUCACAGGUUGGAUUGCAGCGGACCUGGAUCACAGCUAUCUUCCUAGUUGGGAUAUGUUGUGUGGUACGCUUUUCAUCUUCGUCGUUGUCAGCCCGAUUGCCUUCGCGUGGUAUAGACAUCGAUUGGGCGAUAAAAAGUUCCUCUGGGCUCUGAUAGAGGCAUUCAUGUGGAUGCCCUUCUUUGUCGUCUUCUUCGGGGGCGUAUCCUGGCAUAUCUCGUAUGCUCUCCUAGCUCACAUGUUCUGCCUCCCCAUUGAGUGGUCCUCAACAGCAAAGGAGCUGGAAGCUGGUGGCUUCUUCGUUGGAAUGGAGAGAGUAUUCAAGGCCUUCAAGAUGGUGCUGCUCUUCAUGGCUUGCAUGACUGCGGGUCUGAUCUAUUUAGCGCAGUUUGCUCCCUAUGGUUGGAAGAUUAGUGCGUGGACAUCCAUUCUACCAGUGGCUAACCAGAUAGUUGGUCAUGUCUUGUUGCCUGUUAUGACCAUUUUGCUUUAG